AUGCCAAUCUAUCAGGCAAUUUUAAUAGCAAGAGCAGGUCCAGCACAAAAUACAGUUGUCGCAAUCAAGACCAUCAUAGAAAAUAUGCUUGAAAAGUAUCCUCACAUGAAGUUUCGUGACGUUCAAAACUUAGGUGAUCGAAUUAUGGGGAAAACUCUUAAAAAGAAUGAAACUAUUCCUAUUGUACUGAUUGCGCUUUUUAUAUAAAUGAUAUUAUUUUUUUGAUAAAAUAUUCAUAUAGGUAUAGACAUCAGAUUGGCCGAUAUAUUCAGAUUAUUUAUGAUGGUCCUCCGCAUGCUCACUAUGAUUUGGUUAAGAGCUGCAGACAGCCUUAUUCGAUUAAUGAAAUUAUAAGAGGAUAUUCACAUAAAAUCAGUGACGAAGAGUGCUUCAGAGAGUUGUUCUUCAAGGCAGGAAGAGUUUCAGAUAUGCAUGUCACUGAUGAAUCGUUCAAGGACUAUGAGUUUGCGGCAAGAAUGCAAAAAAUCAAGGAAAGUCUUGACAAAAUUCCUAGACAGCCAAAGAAAUUAUUUUAA